UCUCUCUCUCUCUCUCUCUCGAUUUCCAGUCGCUUGUCACCAGAGGCGAAUAACGCAACGAAAAUAAUCGCAUAUUUUUUGACAGUUUCAAGUUUAAACUUUUAGAUAGCGUAGUUUUGGAAGGGGUUUAUUCUAAUAAUAACUCUCCGUGUCCACAUUUACGACUCUUAAUUACGACUUUAAACUCGCGCACUGUCUCUUUAAGAGGUUUUACCCAUAGACAUUACUGUUCUUCUGUAUCUCCUGUCUGUCUCUCUGCGCUUGACUUCAUUCAUAACGGUUUAUUUAUUUAUUUAUUUAUUCACUUUGGAAACAAGUGGAAGCUCAAACAUGGCAGAGGUAGGGAAAGGAGUCAACGCGGGGAAACUGGCCAGUAAUGUACAGAAGAGGAUAACCCGAGCACAAGAGAAGGUGUUGCAGAAGUUGGGAAAGGCGGAUGAAACGAAAGACACAGCUUUUGAGGAGGAAGUGGCCAAAUUCAACAAGCAGCUGAUUGAUGGCAGCAAACUGCAGAAAGACUUCAAGGCAUAUUUGGCGGCAGUCAAAACCAUGCACGAGUGUUCGAAGCGUCUGCAUGACUGCCUGGCAGAAAUGUACGACCCCGAGUGGUUUGGCAAAGAGGAGGUGGACUCCAUCGCAGAGGAGAUGAUAGAGAAAGAAAUGGAUAAUAAUCUGGAGGACACUGACCUCCUGUGGCAAGAUUUCCACCAGAAUCUUGUGGACAAUGCCCUCAUUUCCAUGGACACAUAUUUGGCUCAAUUUCCAGACAUAAAGGCUCGCAUCGCUAAACGUGAGAGGAAACUGGUAGAUUUUGACAGUGCCAGACAUCAUUUUGCCUCUAUACAGAAAAGCAAGAAAAAGGAUGAGGUCAAAAUUUCCAAGCCUCUGGCUCUGGUGGAGAUGGCUGCUCCCGGCUGGGCUCAGGGAAUAAUCACAGCACAUCAGAUCGCUCAAACUAACCUCUCGAGAAGCCAGGCCGAGGAAGAUUUGGGCAGAGCUCAGAAGGUAUUUGAGGAGAUCAAUUAUGAGCUCCAGGAGGAACUUCCCACGCUGUGGGACAGUCGUGUUGGCUUGUAUGUUAACACAUUUCAGAGCGUUGCCGGCCUGGAGUUAAAAUUUCACAAGGACAUGGGCAAACUGAACCAGAAUUUGAGUGAUAUUAUGACCAAACUGGAUGAGCAGCGUCUAGCCAAAAAAGGUGUCACGACAGCAAGCGCUGGGAAGAGUGAAGAAGCAGCCAACCACAACCUCUCAGAGUCUGGGUCAGAUGCCCCUAAAUCACCAGCAAAGUCCCCUGAGUCCAGAGAAAGACCGCCGGUCUCACAGUCGCCCAGGCCGGCUUCAUCUCAGGAGAUGAAACAGGAUAACAUCAUUAACCUGUCUGAGGAUGAAGGGGUGGCUGAAAUUAACAUUUCAACCCAGCCACAGGCUUCAUGGGAUUCUUGGGAGCCUGGUCAGAGCCCUGCUGCAGACCCCUCCCAGCAGUGGGACAAGGAUGAAGAAGCUGCUGCUCAGCCUUACAGCCAGCAGCCAUAUGAGGCUCCUCAGUGGGAGGAUGAGAUCACUCCUGCCGUUCAGCCGUUUGAAGCUCCCCGCUGGGAUGGGCUGGACAGCGUGUCUGCUCAGUCAGGCUGGGGCAAGGAAAAAGCUACGCCUGCACAGCCAGACUGGGAGGGUGAUGGUGUGGAGCACUGGGGCGAGGAAGGGUCCCAGGUAGGGCAAAAGCAAGACACAGAUACAAACUGGGGCCGUGGUAGGGCUCAGGCCUGGGAGGUGGAGCCAGAGCUGCCUCAGUGGGAGGAGCUUCAAAGUAAUGAAACACCAACUGUGACAAAUGGCUCAUCAGAUGCAGAGCUUCCUCCAUCUGUUCUCUAUAAGGUGAAAGCAGUGCAUGACUACGGAGCAACAGACAGCGAUGAGCUUGAUCUGAAGGCUGGUGACGUUGUGCUUGUGCUUCCCUUUGCCAGCCCAGAUGAACAGGAUGAUGGCUGGUUAAUGGGUGUAAAAGAGUCACACUGGCUUCAGAAUAAAAACCUCCUAGCUACAGGAGUCUUCCCUGAAAACUUCACCCAGAAACUGUGAGCGGAACAGCCCUCUCAGAAUCACCUGUUCUUCUCCUUUGUUUUCUCACCACUUUACUGUGAUAACAUUUUUUAUAAAACAUCUUCAAAAAUAAGGGCUUCUCAAGCACAAAAAAAGCUCUAUUCUACAUACUGUGGCCACUUGUAGAAUUGGAGUAAGAAUAAAUGAUAAGAGGCAUUAGAUAAUAUUUGCAGCAGCAUGCUUUAAACUAAACCUCAUAAAGUAAUAUGGGCCACAUACACCCUUGCAGCCAAACUAGCUUGUCAAUUCACCUUUUAGUGCUUAAUCUUGAUCUGUACAUGAGACACAAUUAAAAAAAUUCCUAAUAGGGAUGAAGACUGGGGCCGAUUUGAUUGGUGUUUGUCACUGGGCUAAGUUUCUUUAGUACACAAAGCAUCAGAUUUUUUGCCCUGAAUAUGACAUGCAUGAAAUCUUUUACUCUUUUGCUUAAAGUCAUCAUGAAAUACAAAAUUCUUAACAUGCUUACUGUUCACAAUUCUUCAGUGCUUGUUCCACAUACAUUAAAAUCAGACUGUUUCCACCAAGUAUAAAUAGAAACAAAUAGCAUCUUGUUUACAAGUACAGCGAGUGAUAGAUGCUCUUCACAUGAAGUGUCAAUAGAAGUAAUACACUAUUUGUUCUAAAGAUAAAAUAUCUCGUGGGCAGAGUUAAUACAAAGGAUUAUUUUGCUGGUUUUAUUAUCUCUAGAUUCUCCUGUAAAACCCUUUAUUACAACAAUAUUUUAACAUGCUCCCUAGAUGGGGUUUCUAGCACUGCAUGUGAGGGGCUCAUCUCAAUACUUUUAUGAUAAAACUUCAUAUUUAUGGUUUUUUUUUUUGUGCUGUUAUUGAGAUCUUCAGGUAUAUGCCACCAAAGGUUGUGAAAUUUAUGCAAAGGGACAAACCACUGUGUUGUAGGCUACUGUAUGAACAUCAGUUUGCUUGAAACACUUUUUGCAAUGUUUAGAGGUUUAAUAAUUUGUCAUGUUGCAUGAAUGUUUUAUUGUUUCUUUUAGAUGGGUGCACAAAGGAUUUAUUCUUUAAAGAACUGGAGAGCAUCCGACAAAUCUGUUUUUUUUUUAAUUUUAAUAAAAUAGAAAAUCAUGUCAAAAAUACAGAUUUUAAUUUUCAUAUUGAUUUGGGAAAAUGUAGUCAGUGAUGCACUGAUACUGUGAUGACGAGCAACAUUAAGGUGGAAACACUGAAUGAAUUGAGCAGGGUUUUACUGAGAUUAUACAGUAUUACUCCACCACUGUGGACACUUGUCAUUUGAUGAAUUACUGCUGCCAUGCUCGAGAGAAAUAUGUACACUGACAUCUCUUUUUAAAAUUCAGUUUUUUAAAAUGUUAAUUACAUCAGGUAAGAAAUGACAGUGCAUUGUUAAAUGACUUGCAUUCAGUAUUUCAGCACAAUAAGCACCUGGAUAAAAUGGAUUGGUUGAAAUGCAAAAGUGCUGCAACUAAAUCGGCCCUAUGUUUUAAUGCUUAAUGAUAUCAUCUGAAUAAACAUGGAUUCUGCUUUUGCCAAAACAGCGUAGAAUCUUCCAAGUAGAGUAAACUAGUUGCUAAUUUGUGAACUGUUACUCUUAUGUAUUUUCGACUCUGUACUGUGUAAAUCUAGAGUUUAUAUAAUAUCUCUCUCUGACCUGGUUACAUCAGAGCUCAACUGUAAUUUCCUUACCUGGUAAGCUCUUCGAAUAGGUUUUGAAUAUUAAAAUAAUUAUCAGGCUUUUGAACAAACAGAAAGCUGCAAGAGGUCUAGUCUUUUCACGGUUCUUUCUAACAAAAACGUGUGAAUGUUGAAAGUUGCUCCAGAUAUCUGAAUUAAAAAGUUUCUGAUAUUUAAAACCA